UACUUGAUUAUGGAGAAUGAAAAAAUGUAUAUGGUUCAACCCAUGAUAGAUAAGCUUCAUGACUGUUUCCUCCAAAAAGAAAACCUUAGGUAUGAUUAUAGGAACAUGUAAUAAAACCCAGCAAAGAGAGAUUCCAAAAUUAAACCCAUAAGAACAUAAAUUUUUGAAAUCAAACCACCAGAAAACAGAAAUUGAAAUUGAAAGAGAUCUAAUAAAUAAUAUUUAGGAGAUUGUUUAAAUGAUACACGCCCAGCUCGACAUUACACUCAUAACAACGAACCAUGAUCCUAACCAAGUGGCACAGCCCACGAUGAGUUAAUUGGCCGAAUGCCAAUCCUUGUUCAUGAAGGUAUAGGAUGAUUAAAGACAGGAUCUGGAACCAACAGAAGCUAGAAGAGAGGUAAGCUUAACAAUGUGAAGUAGCCAGGAGGGGGGGGGGGGGGGGGGGGGGUUGUAUUGGUGCGAUCAUAUAAAGUAUUUCUGAGUGCCAAAAACCUGUUCUUGGAAGUCCUAGUCAGACCUCUCAGAACUAAGAAACUCACCUUUGUGCUCACAAAGGAAGGAGAGCAUCCAAAUUGCUUGACGACAUCACAACAAGUAUUUUGUUGAGAGAAAAAGCAAAUGAUUCUACUUUAAAAAAAAUUUUGAGAGAUGAUGAGCAAGCAAAUUAUAAUGAAGCGAACACCCAUUUUUUUAUAAGAAGGUUAAAAGUAUGCCACCCAACACUCGCUUCGCCUAAAAAUGCUCAGGAUUGGAAGGGAGACACUUAACCACUGAUCCCACUUAAAAAAUUGUUUUUAUCUCCAGAAUUACAUGCAAUUCCAACGAGCUGGACAUCUAAAUGUUGGAGUCAAAAUCCGUCCUAUCGAUAUCAACGGGUAAAAUCACCCAAGAAUUGUAUCACUUACAACAAUGAGCCGGAAAUAUCAAGAGGAUUAUGAAUACGGUGUGCAACCUUAACAAAAAUACAUAAAAGUAUCGUAUAUUUUUUCCGGAAAAGGAAAUAGAAAGAUGUGUGUCCGAACAAGAAUUAUCCGGAAAAUGUUAUUUCAUAAGGUUUUUAGGAAAUAAAAAAUGACAAAACAAUCUUCUGUGAAACUGAUUCCAGAAAAUGUUUACAGAAAAACUUUUGUAAAACGAAAGAAAACAAUUUUACGAAACAAAUAUUUCCUAAAAUUGAGUAGGAGAAUACUUAUGUGGUUUCUCAAACUACCUUGACCAUAUCUCCUCAUAAAGUGACAGUUAAUCUCAGGUUAGCUGGACGAGUGCAUUGAUCCCCCCAUACUCAUUUUCCAGCUUUGGAUUCUCUUUGACCACAAGAAGAUCAUGCUUUGCUCUUCUCAUCAUGUUCUGAUCAGAUAUGGAACUGGACAAGAACAUGUUGCCUACUGUAUCUCCUCUCUUGUCACUGCAUCUGGUCUCUUUCCCCUCAAGCAGAUUUUUCCUCCCAUUCUGAUCUUCAAGAGUGAAUGAACCUCCCAAGAUAAGCUUGAAUGAAUCUGUUUUCAGACCCGAAAUAUUGUUAUUCCUUUCAAACACACACGAGAUUCCUACUGGUUCAAAAACAACCUGCUGCAAUCCUCUAACAGCCCUCAAGUACUCCACAAAGUUGAACUGACAGUAUAGCAAAUGUCUGAUAAAAGUUUCACAAGUUAGUGUUUUAACACUUUCACCUUGAUCAACCAAAGCAUACUCUACUUCAAAAGAUGUAGAUGACUGAUCUGGUAUUCCUUUCACUGUCUGGUCAGGUACAUGUACAAACAAAACUUGUGUUUCUCCUUAUUGUUCAGCUGAAACGAUGGACAAGGGAACCUCUUGUGGUGGGUAUUGCAAAUUAGACUCUCCCAAGCCAAAAUUGAAUUCAGUCUCUUCCCACUGAUAGUUGGGCUUUGAGCUCCUUCCAAGUGUAGAUCGGUUCUUCAUCAUACCAGCGUGCUUCUUCCUCUACUUUCCACCAUGCUCUAGCCUCACCUCUUAGAAAACUAAUAGCAAAGGAUAGCUUUUUCCAGGAAGGUACUUGAUUAUGGAGAAUGAAAAAAUGUAUAUGGUUCAACCCAUGAUAGAUAAGCUUCAUGACUGUUUCCUCCAAAAAGAAAACCUUAGGUAUGAUUAUAGGAACAUGUAAUAAAACCCAGCAAAGAGAGAUUCCGAAAUUAAACCCAUAAGAACAUAAAUUUUUGAAAUCAAACCACCAGAAAACAGAAAUUGAAAUCGAAAGAGAUCUAAUAAAUAUUAAGAUUAAAUUUUUAACAUAAAUAUCUAUCUAUAGUAUUAUUUGCAUAGUGAAUUUUCGCAUUCAAGCUCUCACAUUAAAAGUUAGAGUGAUUAAUAUCGUUUAUACCCUUAAUAAAAAAAUUAGCCACAAAAUAAGGAAACAAAUUUUAAUUUUCUGAUUAGAUAAGUUGUUAAAAUUAAUAAUUAUAAGAAUUAUCCAAAAAAUAUUUUAAAAUAAAAAGAUAAUUCUUAUAUAUAUUAUUUUGUUCUCUGAAAAAAACACAAGAGUAUCAAAAAUGGAUUAUUUCAUUUUUAUAAUAAAAAAUAUUUUAAAAAAUUUUGACCAAUAGAAAACAGAUUUGAAUAGAUUAUUUUUUGUCAAAACAAUUUUUCUCUUUAUAGUGCGGGAAAAAUCUAAUUAAAGUGCAUCCGGUAAAUAUGUUUUCUAGAAUCUCUGGUCUGUAGAUAACAUCACAUUUUUUUCUGAAAGUAUUAUUAUUUUCCUGCUUUGACAAUAUUUAUUAUUCAAUUAUAUUUUAAUACUUAACCAAAAAAUUAUUAGAGAGAAUUUGGUCAAUUACAUAUUUGAAGUAUGCAUGCAUCUUAGCCUCUAUAUAAGUUCUUCUCCCACUCAUCAACUGUAUCAAUACUUGGAGCUGAAUUGAUACUCUCAGAGAGACAAAACAAAAAUUGGCUAGAGAAUUUCUUCUGACGACCUCGUACCUGAAAAUGGCGAAUCUACCAGAUUCACUUUACGAAGACUACACUAGAUUCAUAGUGAAUUUCCUUCUGAUUCAGCCUCCAUUGUCCUACCUUCACCGGACUUAAGAAUGAUUAUCAAGAGGGUCGAUGAUCUUCAUAAUACAAUCCCAUCCACCUUCGAUUCCACGCUGCAGAAUCUCAGCACUGUAAGCGCUAAAGAUAAUAUUUCCCAUGUUUUCUCUAUUAUAUGAUUUUAGUUUAUUAACUUAUCUAUUUAUUAUAUGUUUAUUUGCAUCAGUUAACAUGCUUUAUGUUUUUAAGUCUGAUAGACUUCUUAAUUUCUUGUGAAGGACUGUAAUUAUGUUCAGUUGGGUAAAAUCUUGAAAUCUCUUUUGUUACUUGCCGCCUAGGUUAACAAAAUUAUGUCAGUGUCCUACCCAUUUAAUUGAAUGAUCAUAAGGAUAUUACUGAAAACAAGAUUAUAUGUGUGUGACACUAACCACCUCAUACAGUUCUAAGUUUUGAUUUGUUUAUAUGGAUUGAGUACCCACUUGAUGUAUUAUAAGUUUUAUCUUCAAAUAAAUGGUAUGCAAUUUCUUUUUCCAAAUUAACGGUAGGUAAAAAUAAUUGCCAAACAUAUUUGUAGCAAAUGCAAGUAUAGAAAUAUAUUUCGGUAAGAUUCACAUAUAUGUAAAAAUAGAAUUUCAUAAUUUGGAAAUUUGGAAAUUUUAAAAUUUUAAAAUUUGACUUUUUCUUUAUCUUCUGUUUUCUGGUCCGUUCAUUUACUAUCUCUUUCGAUAUGCAUCAUUAGACUAUGCCUUUAUUGUCCAUUGGUGAAAAUUAUUUUACUCAAAAGUUAGUUUUUUUCACUAGAUUGUCUGAUUAAUCCAAAUAGGUAAAUAGUUAAAACAAUGAAAACUAGGAAAUCAAAUCUAAAAGCACAUAUGUUUUGCGUAUGUAUGACUAUAGAUUUUUCAUAUAAAAUCUUCUUCUUUACUUUUGGAUUACUUAAAUUUUAAAAAGAUAAUCUUCGUAAUAAUCCAAAACAUCUAAGGUCUUAGACUGAAUUGACCAUGACUACCACUUUCUUUUUAUCUUUUAAUUAUGAAACGUCACAAACUUAUAUAUUAGUAGGUGAGAACGAUUUAUAAUGUUUUUGGAAUGUCAGAAACUUAUACUGUCACUAUCUACCUUUUCUCUAUGGCAGCAUAGGAAAAAGUUGGAGAUAUUGCCUCGGCUUUUAUGGAAAUCUCGUUGUACAAUGGCCAUGAUGCUGCAGGUUCAGUACCAACUAAUUUGAUUUCACAUAUGACUAAUGCUGAUAUGUUUUGGCAUUUUAAAACAUAUUAGAUUGAUUAAACUUUCAAGAUCUAUCCAUCUCUCGUUGUAGGCCCCUCUCUUUGUCAUACUCACUUUGGAUUUCGUUCAAUUUAUGCAGCAGAUCUUGAAAAUCUACCCGCACACCUCACGUCUAGUUUACUCACAGAACGGGAUAUGAUGCACCUUCGAGUGUACAACAUUUUGCUUUUGUUUAGUCUCACAUUUUUGUGCUUUCUUCAUUUAAGAACCAUUUAAUACCUAAGCCUUAAUUGGCUCUGUGAUGUUAUCUUAUUUUUCCUGUUGUAGUGCAUAACUCAUUACCCGGAGACAAGAAACCGGUUUCUUAAGGGUACGUUUUCCCCUUUCAUUGCAACAAAAAUUCUCUUUUUAUUUGCUAUAUUAUUUUAUAUCAUACUAGAGCAUAUUCAUUGAUGGUUUUUCAUAUAAUAUGUCACCAACUAAAAGAAAAAGAAAAAAUGGAAAAGAAAGAAAACCGUCUCUUGUUUGAGAAACUUAAAAAAAACAUGAAAAUUUUUAAUAUAUUUUUGAUAAGUGAUUUAGUUUUAUUAUGUAAAUAUUGCAAUAAAUAAAUAAUAUUGAUUAUAUAUCAAGGAGAUGCUGUUACACUGUCUAAAAAACAUGGGAUAUUGCCAAAAAUAUUACAUUUAUAGUACCACUUUUCAUGUUUACACUAACCAUUUUUACCCUCACUUUUAAUGAAGGGUAAACGACAUUUAUAACCCUAGAGUUAACUAAUCUAUAUUUAAUAUUUAGAUUUGAGGAGUGGAGUAGGGUUUCUGGAAUGUGAAAUUUAGGAUUCUAAUAAAUAUAUAAAUAAAUACUUAAAAAAUAUAAUUUUUUUAAAAAAUAGUUUCAAAAAUAAUGUUCGAUUGUCAAAAAAAAUUCUGAAAAAAAAAUUCCAAAAAAUUUAUAAAAAAGUUCGAAUUUAAAAAGUACAAUUCAAAAACAUAAAAAAUAUUAUUUUUUAUUUUUAUAUAUUUUUUAUUUAAAAAGCUAUUUAUUAUAUAUAUUUAUAUAUAUAUAGAACAAUGGUAUAAGAGUCUUUUCACUUAAUGAAUAAUAUAUUUUUGAAAAAAUCUCUUUUAUAGUGGUAAACAUGAAUAAUGGUAUCAAAAAAGUCGUAAACAUGAAAAUUCUCCAAGAAAUAUAUUAUCUUAUGUUGGUUGUUGAAGCUGAUAUGCCAACCUAUUUCUAUCCUUUGAUGGACAUUAAUCUCACCGAUAAGCCUCUUGAAUGCCUUAGGCUUGGUGCAUUAGGUGUUAUUGCUCAUAUGUUGAAGCUGCCUGCAGACACAGCUGUUGUUCGUUACCUUGUGAACACAAGUUGUUUACAACACUGCACAAAAGCCAUCGAGAUUGGCUCAACAGAAUCAAAAACUAUUGCUGUAUUCAUAAUUAACAAGAUUAUGUCCACUGGUGAGGGGCUUCAGUACUGCUGCGUCUUGCCUGAUCGUUUUUUCUUCAUAGACGGUCUCCUGAAAAAGCUGCUUGUGUAUCUUACCGCCAUGGGCACACCUUGUCCCAGCUUGUUCAAUCUUCUUGUUGGUUGCUACACCAAUCUUUCCUACAAACCCAGGUUUUUUUUGCUUUACACCUUUUUAUCUUUUUGAAUUAUUGGUUUCUCAAGCAAACUUGAUAUUCUGUUAAUGUAUUAGGACUCGAAGGGGGCUAAGGCGUUACCUUCCUGCCAUGCUGUUCAACGGCACUUUUGCUUGUUUACUAGCUGUAAGAUUGAAACCUUCCCAUUACUGUUUUUAGCUCUGCAUGGGUUUGGUUGAUGCAACAAUAAUCAAGACUUGGAGUGUUUUUGUCUGUUUGUUUGUUUUUUCUUUCAAGGAGGACCCAGCCGCUGAGAGAUGUCGUCAGCAGCUGAUUAAGACUCUGGAAAUGAAAUGAAAACUCAGCCACAAAAGAACAGGUUUACUACGUGAUAAACUGAAAAGACAAAAAGAUUAUGAAAAACUCUAUGUUGUUGUUUGGUUUUAUCUCUUCUUCAGAUACCUCUCUUGAUACUCUUUCAUCAUUGUUCUUCUCUCUCUUUUGGGAUACAUUUGAACCCUAUUUUCAAUCAUCUUUCAUUUCUCCUUUAAAGUAUUUUAUAUUUUUCUUUUCUCUCCAGAGGGAGGAAGGAUUUGCUUAAUGAUGAUUGAUACUUGCUUACAUGAUUGUUAUUACCAUUAAUUCACCUGCAUGAGAACAGGAGACAUAAAAUAAGUUAGGAAACGGUUAAUCUUUUUAUUUUUGAGAACAAGAAAUGGUUAGUUAGAUACGAAGCUUCCUUUUCUUUUAGUCUUUUACUAGGUUAAGAUCCGCGUCUUACGCGGAAUAAACAUUAUAUAUAUAUAUAAAUUAUUUUAUAUAUUAUAUGUUUAUAUCAUAUUAUGAAAUAAUAAAUAUAUAUUAAAUAAUUAAAAAAGUCAUUAUCUACUACUUAUAUAAUUAAAUUAGUGCGAACAUAUAAAUAAAUUUUAUAAAUCAAAAAAAAA